AUGGCACCGUCGUCCGUACCGCCGAAUCCGACCGCGCACAAUGUCGCCCAGCUGCUGCCGAAGCUCAACGAUGAAGAUCCCGACUUCCGCUUCAUGGCCCUCAGCGAUUUACACGACAUUCUCGUGGUAGCUCACUCGGGCUUUCUCCAGCACGAUGAUGUCACGUGUGCGAAGACAGUGGAGGGGCUGCUUCAUACAUUGGUAGACACGAAUGGAGAGGUGCAGAAUCAGGCAGUCAAGUGCUUGGGUCCCUUCGUGAACAAGAUUCCGGAUAAGAUCCUGUGUCCGAUGAUCGAGAAGCUCUCCAACCUGCAGACAGACAACACUGUGGACCAGUCAAUACCUUCACUGGCACUCCGAGAGGUCGUCGUCUCCCUCCCACAUGCUACCAGCGGCGUAUCGCGUAGCCGGCCCGUCCUCGAUGCAUACAACGCGAUCAGCAAAGUGUUGAUCCCACGCCUCGUGGGCUACCAGGUCAUUCAGCCAUCACAACAAGGCCUGCCCAAGGUUCCCAAGGGCAUGCUACAGGUAGACUUGGAGAAGGGUACUGACAGCAAUGCCAUUGACGUCUUGACCGAGGUCGCACGAUGCUUUGGUCCUAUGCUGCAGGAUGCUGAGAUCAAUGCGCUGCAAAAGAUCACAUUCGAGAUCCUCGAGAACGAGCGUGCCAGCUCCAUGAUGAAGAAGAAGUCUGUUACCGCCAUCUCCACGCUGGCAGGCUAUUUCUCCGACCAGCUGUUGAGCAGCUUCCUGUCGCGUGUUAUUGAGCUCCUCCGUGACCCUCAUUUGACGCGCACCAAGCGAAAGCUCUACAUCACUAUCCUCGGCUCCAUGGCUCGCUCCAUACCUCGCAAAUUCGGACCGUACCUCCAAACGCUAGCACCCUUCGUCCUGAGCGCGCUCAGCUCACAAGAACAAGAUGAAGAGAUGGACACAUCAGACGAUGAGGGCGAGCGAGACCCGGAGAUCGACGAAGUCCUCGAGGCUGCUUUGAUCGCGCUGGAAGGCUUCCUGGCCUCGUGUUCCCAGGACAUGCGCAUGUACACGGACGAGACCAUCGACGCUGCCACACGCUACCUCAAAUACGACCCCAACGCGCUCAACGAAGACGACGAUGAAGAGGACGACAUGGGUAGUGAUGACGAGGAUCCGCUUGAGGGCGACGACUUCGAGGAAGAGGCUGGCUUUGACGACGAUGAGGACGCCAGCUGGAAGGUCCGAAGAUGCGCUACCAAGGUCCUCUACACUCUCAUAUCCACUCGGAGUAAUGGCGACCUUCUGGAAGAUGGGACUUUGUACAGCAAGGUGGCUCCAGCACUCAUAACCCGUUUCAAAGAGCGGGAGGACUCCGUGCGACUAGAGGUCCUGGCAACGUUGUCGAACUUGGUCAAAAAGUCCGGCGAUGGGCCAGCUCCCGUCAAGUUUGCAGACGAGCAUGCUCAAGGCGGCGCAAUGGGUCCUCCGCCUAGUUGCAAGCGCCGCAGGGGCGGAAGCGAUGCAAGCAUGUUCGAUUUGCAUGCGAACUCUUCCUUAUCCAUGGGCUUCGACUCACCCGCACGAUCAUCAACACCAUCCGUGGGCCCGCAGGCUAGCCUUUCAAAGCUCAGCCCUGAUAUUGUCAAGGGCAUUUCGCAGCUUCUCAAACAGGCAUCGUGUCCACCCAGCACAAAGCAGGCUUCUGUGGUUCUGAUCAAGGAUAUCGUUAUUACUCAGCGAGGAGGUCUCGAGUCGUACCUGCACCAACUCAUCGAGCCCGUCAUCGAGGCCGCAAAAACUACGAGUGGAUCUACAAGCAGCGCUUCUGCGACAGCAAACAGCCUUCGAACGCAGGCCCUGCAGCUCAUUGGCGCGAUCGCUGACACACAUUCCUCCAAGGCGAUCCAACCAUACCUGCCGGCCAUUGUUGAUGCUUUACUCAAGAGUGUGAAGGACAAGUACAGCAAGCUGUCUAUCGAGGCACUUGCAGCAACAGAGCAGGUAUUGAAGGCUCUGACACCGCCUCGCUCAGCAUCGUCUGGAUCGCACAAUCAAGAGCACGUGGAGCAGCUAUACGAGGCAUUGAUAAACCGGAUAUCUGCUAACGAUGCUGACCUGGAAGUGCGCAAGAGCGCUCUCCAUGUCUUAGGCCUACUCCUGGGUAGAAGCUCAGGUACCGAAGGUUUACUUUCGUCCCAAAAGCGGACCUCUGGACUGGACCUCCUGGGAGAUCGCCUGAAGAAUGAGCUUACACGUCUUGCUUCCGUUCGUGCCAUUGACUCGAUUGCUGCGCAUACUAAAGCCGACGGUGAGCUAUCUGCCAAGUGGGUGCGCAGUGUUGCUCUUGAGCUUGCAGCACAACUGCGCAAGGCCAGUCGAGCGUUACGUGGUGCAAGUCUGAGUGCGCUGCGGACUCUUUCAUUGAACCCACACUCUCGGAGUCAGCUGGAUGGCCAGAGUAAAGCACAAAUUGUUGAUGCGUUGUUACCACUACUCGCUGCUGUCGACUUACACUUGCUGGGACCCGCACUGAUAGUUUUGGCUACAUUCGUCAAGGACGACGCGCGAGGCAUCAUGACACCACAACUAAAUGCUGCCCUUUGUCAAGUGGUGCAGGGCUCAAUCAGUGGCACUUCCUUAGAUGCAUUGCUCAAACUCGUACGCACGAUUGGCGAGCAGCACGCUGGUCAAGAGUUGAUGCGGUCACUGCUUCAAGAAGUCGGCGUCGGAGGUUAUCCUGAAGUUGUCGGCAAGGUGAUUGGAAACCUCCUCGUCUAUGGCGGCAGCAGUGUUGGUGUAAAGCUUGAACAGUUUGUCCAAGAGCUCGAAACAGCACCAGACGACAAGCGCAAAUGCCUUGCCCUGGUUGUGCUUGGAGAGUCCGCUCUUCGUCUCGGCGCAGAGUCCCCCAUCGACCCCAAGCUGUUCAUCAAGUUCUUCAAUGCGCGCUCUGAACAGGUGCCUCUAGCUGCUGCCGUCGCUCUUGGACGAGCGGGUGCUGGCAAUGUCAGCAAGUACCUCCCCAUCAUCCUCUCCACAAUGGGACAGGCCUCUGCUCCCCAGUAUCUUCUGCUCCACUCCAUCAAGGAGAUCCUCCAACAGGAGGACACAGAGUCUGAGAUCAUUCCAUAUGCGUCCACACUGUGGCAGAACCUCAUCGCUGCUUCUCAGCUGGAGGACAACAAGGCGAUCGGCGCAGAGUGCAUCGGCAGAUUGACCAUCAUUGAUCCCAAGACGUACCUUCCUCAACUUCAAGCGUUCUUGAACGAUCGAAAAGGAAGCGUGCGCGGCAUGGUCAUCUCAGCGCUUCGCUACACAUUCUCUGACACCGACGAAGCGUAUGACGAGUAUCUACGACCACUCGUUGUGCCUAUGUUGGUCCAAAUGCUCAAUGAGCCUGACCUAGAGAACCGCCGCUUAGCUCUCAUGACUUUCAACUCUGCAAUGCACAACAAGCCUGACAUCAUCCUACCGGCCCUGGACCAGCUGCUUCCACUAGCCAUGAAGGAGACUGUCAUCAAGCCGGAGCUCAUUCGCGAAGUGCAAAUGGGUCCCUUCAAGCACAAGGUCGACGACGGUCUCGAGAUCCGCAAGAGUGCUUACGAGACCUUGUACGCUCUGCUUGAGACCUCCUUCUCUCGGCUAUCACCCAUCGAAGUGUCCGAAUUCUUCGACCGCAUCGUUGCCGGUAUUACGGACGAGCAUGAUAUCCGCAUCCUGUGCAACCUCAUGCUCACCAAGCUCAUGGUCGUUGCACCAGACCAGGUGCAUGCGCGCCUCGACUCUAUCGCGGACAACUUCCGCGCCGUCUUGACCAUCAAGCCCAAGGAGAAUGCUGUCAAGCAAGAAGUCGAGAAGAUCCAAGAAGGCGCAAAGGGCGUUCUGAAGACCAGCGUGACUCUGAACAAGCAGAUGGGCACCGAAGGCGUCGUUAGCACCACUCAGGACGACCCACAACUCCGCGUCUGGACCAACUACUGGGACUGGGUGUCCAAGGAGCAUGCUGCGGGACUCAAGUCGGUCACAGACGAUCUGAAAGAGCGUGAUCGCUAG